AUGACGGAUCAACGAAGAGUUUCGUAUUUCUACGACGCAGAAGUUGGGAAUUAUCACUAUGGGCAAGGUCACCCCAUGAAACCUCACCGUGUUCGCAUGACCCACAACUUGGUUGUCAAUUAUGGGCUCUACCGCAAAAUGGAGGUUUUUCGUCCACGCUUGGUGUCUCCGACCGCCAUGACUCGCUUCCACAGUGACGAUUACAUCAACUUUUUGAAGGUCAUUACCCCUGACAAUAUGCAAGACUACAUUCGACAAUUACAACGAUUUAACGUCGGAGAGGACUGUCCGGUCUUUGACGGACUCUUUGAGUUUUGCCAACUUUACACCUCUGGCUCCAUUGGUGGUGCAUCGCGCCUGAACGAAAACAUGGUGGACAUUGUCAUUAACUGGGCUGGAGGACUGCAUCACGCGAAGAAGGCUGAGGCAUCUGGAUUCUGCUACGUUAACGAUUGCGUUCUUGCCAUUUUGGAGUUAUUGAAGAAACACGAACGUGUGCUGUACAUUGAUAUCGAUAUCCAUCACGGAGACGGUGUGGAGGAAGCCUUCUAUACCACCAACAGGGUUAUGACGUGUUCUUUCCACAAGUUUGGAGAGUAUUUUCCGGGAACUGGGGAUGUUAAGGAUUAUGGAUAUAAUGAAGGAAAGAACUACGCUAUCAAUUUCCCUCUCAAUGAUGGAAUGGAUGACAAGGCUUACAGAAGUAUUUUCCGACCUGUUGUUGGCAAGAUUAUGGAAAUGUUUGCUCCAGGAGCUGUGGUGUUGCAGUGCGGUGCAGAUAGUUUGUCUGGUGAUCGCCUUGGUUGCUUCAACCUUUCCGUGAAGGGGCAUGCGGACUGUGUCGAGUUUGUGCGAAGCUUUGGUGUUCCCAUGUUGGUAUUGGGAGGCGGUGGUUACACUUUGCGCAAUGUUCCAAGAUGCUGGACCUAUGAGACUGCCGUAUUGACUGGCGAGAACGUCAAGGAUGAACUUCCAUUCAACGAUUACUUCGAGUACUUUGGUCCUGACUAUCGUCUGCACUUGCCAGUCAGCAACAUGGAAAACAUCAACUCCCCCGAGUACUUGGAUACAACGAAGUCGCAAUUGUUGGAGAUUCUGCGAGAUGUCGAACCAGUUCCUAGUACCCAGAUACAAACUGGUCAAGUUGAAUCCCAGCUCAACCCUCGCAGCAUGCAAAUGGAAGUCGAUACUCCUGGCCCAGACGAAGGUGAUCCAGACAAGAGGAUCACCCACGAAGAUACGGGGAGAAAGGAGCAUGCUUCUGAACUUGCCUCUUAG